ACACAGCGCAUGUGCAACCGGAUAUCUCCCGCCACCACCUUCAACUAUUCUCCUCUCAUAUUGACAUUGAUUUCAUUUCUGAAAACAAUAAUUUAAUUUCGAAAGAAAUCUUAAUUUAUUGACGGUAAAGUACUCAUAUUUAUACCGUACAUUAUAGUACAUGUAUCUGUUUACUAACAACAUAGAUCACUAUCAAUGACUAAAUAAUUACUGUGGUUUAUACGAGAUAUUUUUUCCUAAUGUUCUCUUCAUUCAAUCGUUUUUCUUUUCUUUUCACUUUCAUUAAUCUAACUUUUGGUAAAUGUGAAGAAUUACGGCGUAAUUUCGAAGAUAUGAGGAAUGUAUAAAAACAUGACGUUUUACUUAAAACGAAAUGGAAACAUUGUUUACUACAAUCAUAAUAUUGCAGUGAUUACAAACAAGUCUAUAAUUUGAUACAGUUAUGCAUUAAUGCAUCUUAAAAUUAAUAUACGUCUCCCUUAGAAAUAUCAGAUGACAUUGGUAUAAAAGUAUUUCUUACUUCAGAUGUGUGGUCGAUAUAUAUCAUCUUUUAAAAAGGAAGUUGUUCCACAGAAUGGAUAUCAUUCUGUUUCUAUAAGUUUGUGAUGGAAUUAGUGGGGAAUGUUUGUUGUGAUUUGAGAUCAUUUGCAAAAUUCUUCUACUUCUCUGUCUGGAAUAUCUUCAAGAGCUGGUUGUUUUCUAAUUAACCAUGGAGAAAUUUUCACAGGAGUUUGUAAUAUCUUCAGCCAUCAACAAAGAUCACGUUUUAUGGAAUUAUAGCAGUAGAAAUAAUAAUUGUUAAGAAAAUACAGAAGAAACGAAGUUGUCAAAGAGGAAUAAUUAUGGAAAAUGAAUUCUGUGAGAAGUCAAUUCAAAUUAAAACAGAGACUGAAAGCAUUGAUUCUUGUGAUGAGAUUCAGAAUGAGAGAGAAGAAACAUCAUAUACCUGUGAUAUCUGUAAAAAGUCAUUCUCUCAAAAAAGUCAUCUAACUGAUCACAAACAUAUUCACACAGGAGAGAAGCCAUAUCGUUGUGACAUAUGUGGUAGACUAUUCUCUGCAAGUGGUGCCUUAAACACUCACAAACGCAUUCACACAGGAGAGACACCAUAUCACUGUGAUAUCUGUGGUAAAUCAUUUUCUGUAAAUGGUAACUUAAAUGCUCACAAACGUAUUCAUACAGGAAAGAAACCUUAUCAUUGUGAUACCUGCAGUAAAUCAUUUUUUGACAGUCACACUUUAAAUAAUCACAAACAUAUUCAUACAAAAGAGAAACCAUAUUGCUGUGAUAUUUGUGGUAAAUCUUUCCCAAAUAAAAGUAAAUUAAGAAGACACAUAUAUAUUCAUACAGGAGAAAAACCCUAUUGCUGUAACAUCUGUGGUAAAUCAUUCUGUCAAAAUGUUGACUUAAAUAAGCACAUACGGAUCCAUACAGGAGAAAAGCCAUUUCAGUGUGAUAUUUGUGGUAAAUCUUGUUCUAGAAGCAGUGACUUGAUUAUACAUAAGCGUGUUCAUACAGGAGAAAAACCGUAUCACUGUGAUAUCUGUGGUAAAUCUUUCUCUGGAAGUAGUGCCUUGCAUAUACAUAGGCGUAUUCAUACAGGAGAGACACCAUAUCACUGUGAUAUUUGUGGUAAAUCAUUUUCUGAAGGUGGUACCUUAACUAAGCAUAAACGCAUUCAUACUGGAGAGAAACCAUAUCACUGUGAUAUCUGUGGUAAAACAUUCUCCAUUAGGGGAAAUAUAAAUGGGCACAAACGUAUCCAUACAGGAGAAAAACCAUACAAGUGUGAUAUUUGUGGUCAGUCAUUCUCUAAGAACAGAUAUUUAACUGAACACAAACGUCUCCAUACAGGAGAAAAGCCAUUUCACUGUGAUAUCUGUGGUCAGUCAUUCUCUGUGAAUAGACAUUUAACCAAACACAAAUGCAUCCAUUCAGGAGAAAAGUUAUAUCAGUGCGACAUCUGUGAGAAAUCAUUCUCUACCAAUAGAUAUUUAACUAAACACAAAUAUAUUCAUACAGGAGAGGGACCAUAUCCUCAUGACUUUUGUAACAAAUCAUUUUCUCAUGGUAAAGCUUUAAUUAUACGCAAACACAUUAAUACAAAUGAGAAACCAUAUCAGUGUGAUAUCUGCGGUAAAUCAUUUUCUCAACAAUAUUUAACUAUACACAAACGCACUCAUACAGGUGAGAAGCCAUAUCUCUGUGUUAUCUGUGGGAAAUCUUUCUCUCAAAAUGUUCACUUAACUCUACACAAACGCACUCACACAGGUGAGAAGCCUUAUCACUGUGAUAUAUGUGGAAAAUCUUUCUCUCAAAGAAGUACCUUGUCUAAUCACAAAUAUGUCCACAGAGCAGAAAAACUGUACCUCUGUGACAUUUGUGGCAAAUCAUUCUCCAGAAGUUUUCAACUAACGAGACACAAGCGUCUUCAUACAGAGGAGUAGCACACAAGACAAAAUGCUUAGUGACAUUUCAUCCACCUUGAUGUUCUGGGUUCAAAUUCUACCAUGCUUAACUUCCAUCCUUUCAGGGUCUAUAACAGUAAGUAACAGUCAAGUACUGGACUUCAUGGAAUCAAACUGUUCCCCUCCCACAAAAUGUCAGGCCUUGCAUAUAUAGUAGAAAGGAUAUUUUUGGUAACUCCAUCUCUGGAAAUGGGUAGCUUCACAUCACUCAGACUGAUUUAUACAGAAGAGAAGCUAUUUCAAGGUAUUUGUGGUAAAUGACUUUCUGUUGGUAGUCACUAAACAAGACAGAAACAUAUUAAAAUGAGAGAGAAGCAGAAGAUAAACAGAACGAUAAGUAUCCAAAAGAAUAGUCCCUUCAUCAUUAUCAUUUACCCUCCAUUUUUCAUGCUGGUAUGGGUUGGACAGCUUGACAGGAGUGGCAAGCCAGAGGACUGCACCAAGCUCCACUAUCUACACAUACACACUUGUUUUUGUUUACCUCUCCCAAACCAAUUCACAUAACUUUGCUCAGCUGGAGCUAUUAAGAAGCGUGGACAUACUUUUACAGUGGACUGCAAGCAAACCAGCUCCAUCAGAGAGGCCAGUGUUCACAAUCAGCAAACAUACAUAAAGACAAAGGCAAUAUUCUGAAUGCAUGCACUUCUAUAUCUUAUCUUUAAUGUCAACUUUUCCAUGCUUUUAUGGGUCAGAUAGAAUUUAUAGAGGCAGUUCUCUAUCCUUUCUGUUGUUUACUCUCACCUCUUUCCAAGCAUUUUUUUUUUUCCUUUUCUGUUUGUGUAAGUUUUCUUCUUCCUGAGGUGGACACAUUUACAAGUAAAGAAACCCUAAGAAUUUUUU